UAAGAGCUUCCGUUCAGAGCACACAGUAAGCGAAACACCAGUUAAGUUGUCUUGGUUAUUUCAGGAUGUCCUCAGAUAUCUACGCCAAACCAGAUUUGUCAAAAAAAGUGAGAUACAACAGAAAGGUGCAAGAAGGCAGAGAUGAAUGGAACGAGAGGGUGGUGAGCAUCUAUGAAAGUGGAGAUUUUUUGGAUAAUCGAGCUAACGUUCAGUCACAGGAAAGAGAACCACAGACCCAGAAGAAUCCUACAGUCAAGAAAGGACACGUUGGAGACGUGAUGUUGUACCAACUGCUGUGCUGUUUGAUGUUAGCUGGAAUCAUCAUGCUGUCCAUAUACAUAACCUUGAAGAUGAACGAACUGAACAGCUGUUACAAUCAGCUGGAGCCCAAAGCUGUAGGUUUGGGCCCCCCUACAGAGAAAAUGUGUCCUGAUGGAUGGAAAAGAUUUGGAAGCAGCUGUUACUUUAAAUCUACCGAGAAGAAAAGCUGGUCAGAAAGCAGGAAAGACUGUCAGGAAAGAGGAGCUGAUCUGGUGAUCAUAAACAGCAAAGAGGAACAGGAAUUUCUCAAGAAUCUCACUAUGAAGGAGUUUUUCUGGAUUGGUCUUGGAAAGACGGAGGGCAGUGAAUGGAAAUGGGUGGAUGGAUCAACACUGACAAUAAAGUUCUGGGAAAAGGAGCCAGAACUUGGUGAAUGUGCAUUGUGCUGCGAUGAUAAAGGGGAAUGGUCAUUAGCAUAUUCCAAUAAUGGCAGGAAAUGGAUCUGUGAGAAAUAAAAUUCCUGCUUUUAUUAAUAUAAAGUACAUGUUGUUAAAUCUAUUUUUACUAUUAGAAAUACAUCUGGCAACAACUGGUUCCACAAACUGACUAAAACAAGUCAAACUGCAGCCUGAUGAAGAUGAAGACUGAUUAUUUUAGGAUAGCUUUUCUCAUUCUGCUUCAUUUAAAUAGAAAUUUGCAUCCAUGACUAGUUUGCAUGAGACAACACAAUGUAGGAAAAUAACUUCAUUGUGUUUCUGUCAACCAUAAUAUCCAUUUCUAACAUGAAGUUCAAAUGCAAGUAUUAAGUUUCUAAUUCUGUGAUGUAAACAGUAAACAUGCCUUGCUCUGAGCUAAUGAGGAUGUGUUGUUGAAUCUUAUAAGAGAAUAUUAUGUGGGGCGGCAUGACGGCGUGGUCAUCCUGUAGCCCAAGAUUGCCGGUAUGAUCCCGGCCCGGAAAGC